CUUUGAUAUUCGGAUAGCAGAACGCAACGGAUUCUCGUGCAGAAAUAGUUGUGGGAAAAGAAUACACCAAAAGAGUGAAAGUUGAAACUUGGAUUUUGUUACCAAAAAUGCCAGGUGAGAGAACAGUCAGAGAUUUUGAAAUGUAGCUCCCGGUUAGCAACUGAUUUAGCAGCUCCAAGAUGCCGGGCAUGCGCAUCUUUGGCAGGCGUUGCUCCAUAGCAACAGAUGAUUUCUUUUUCAUCGGUAUAGUUGAUUCUGUGAUAUAUUUGCCAUGGCUGGCAUGGAUCCCUGUUGUUUACGCAUCCUACGUGAAGCAACGUUUCUUCUGCAACGAUGAGACAUCCCAACCCCUCAUCGAUGUGUCUUUGCCGUCCCUAUGCAUCCUCUUCUUCUUCAAUUGGCUUCUAGGUUGCUUGUUCGUCCUUUUUAGCGUCAGGGGCACCAUAUCUCAGCCGGAACCCAGACGUCAUGUCGUCACGCUUGUAUAUGCAAAAUUAUUCGUCAGCAUCUUAGAUAUGGGGUGUGCCAUUUUAGGAACAGUCAUCCUUGUACAAAAUUCAUUCUGUGGAAUCAUCGGAGUAGAUAUCGUCAUCAAAGUGGCAACUAUUUUUCAAUGGCUGGCAACUUUAUUCAGAAUUGGAAUGAUAAUUGUGUUUUACGAUUGGAACUCUUCCAAGAAAACCAAAGUCAGAAUACAAAAAGAAUACUUCACAGCACCUGUUCGGACAGGUACUUUCAAAAGAUGGAAUAUCAGAUUCCAAACAUUGUUCCUAUGGUGUACUACACCAUCCGAGGCCAGAAAAGAAGCCAUCAAAGCAGCUUCCGAAUUGAUGGCUCUUUUAUCCUGCGAUUUAGAUCUAGUCGCUUCGGAUGUUAUUGCUGGUUUAUUGCUGUACCGAAAAAAGUGUCUUAAAAAUUGGAAGACCGAAAAGCUCGCUAUUGCAGCAUCGCCGCCCAUUGUUCUACUAGAUGGUAAGGCCGUUGACAGGUUUCCCCCCAGCGACAUGCCUUCGUGGAUGAACCUUAAACUGGCUCGAAGGUACUUCAACUUAGGCUUGGGAGUUUUCGGCUGGCCAUGGGUCAUCUACAGGAACAUUUCCUGCGGAUGCUGCCUUCUCUUCAAACGUCUCUUGUGCUGUUUUCGAUGCCGCAAGCGGUCCGGCAUCGUCCUGGGCGACAACUGCUGCGGGUGCAACUUAUCCGGCCUCCGUGUGACUACCCAACUUCCCUACGAGGACCUGGUGCACGUCAGUUUCGUGGACAGAGUGUUCCAAGUGCCGUUCUACGUGACGUACGAUCACGAGACGCAGGCCGUGCUGGUCACGGCCAGGGGCACGUUCUCUGUGGACGAUGUGCUCACGGACAUAUCUGCCGGAUUCUCGCCCAUGGACGAUAGGGGGUCGCCGGAGGGCUCUCUUUGCCACCACGGCAUGCUUACAGCUGCGCGAGAGAUCAAGGCGAAGCUGGAAGAAGGUGAAAUACUCCAGGAAGCAUUCAAAGAAAAACCAGACUACCAGUUGGUAGUUACUGGACAUAGCUUGGGUGCUUCUGUGGCUUCCAUACUAACAAUGUUGCUCAAGGUGGAAUAUCCAAAUGUUCGGUGCUUUUCUUUUGCUCCUGCCCCCACCAUGAACAAAGCUGCCCUGGCGACUACUUACGACAACGUUUUUACAAUCGUCUACGGUAACGACAGUGUGCCUUACCUCAACUACGAAAAUGUUAAAUACAUGGUUAUAGAAAUGGUAAAGUGCCUUAAGGAAUGCAAACUACCCAAGUAUAAGGUGUUCAUGUCUUGUAAGGACAGACACGAUGAUUCUGAUUGCGAUGAAAAGUGUGACAACUAUGAAGUGGACUUCAAAAGCAAUGGGAAGUGCAAAAAGAAUGGACUAGAUGACCCUUUUAAAGUUGGAGAGACUGAUCUUGAAAAAUCUGGCAGCCCAGUUGCCCCCUGCACAGAACAUCUAUACGUUGCUGGAAGAAUUUUGCAUAUCAAACGUACAUCGGAUGGAUACCGUUUGAAAAUGGUAACCGAAAACGAAUACACUCCUUUAGUCUUUCGUCCCAAUAUGGUACUGGAGCAUUUCCCUCAAUACGUUCAAGCCUGCUUGGAACAAAUUGGACAUUCUACUGUCAUCGAGGCCAAAGAUCUUGCAUAUCCUACUGAAAAGGAGUCCUGUAAGCGAUGAAGAUGAGCUACAAGUGAAACACUUUGGUGGAACACUUAGUGUUACUUUUAGGAGCUAAGAUUUGGAGAUUUUCAAAAAUUAAAAAGAGCUAGGACAUUGUUGAUAUCUCUACAUCAUAUCAGCUUUUAUGUAAUUUAAUUUCCAGCCAUUUUGUUUCAAACAAUGCUAGGACUAUUUCUACUCCACAUGUCGAAGUAAUAACUUCGGCAUGUUCAGUUCAUUUGAAGACAUAUCUUCAAGGUCUGUAUGUUUGAAUGAAUGGACUGUAAAUACCUCGUUUUAGCCUGUAUUUCAUCUAAGACAGAAAAAACUGGUGCUUCUAUUCAAAAACUGACUGUGGUUUGUACUGCAUUUUUCAUACAUCUAAAUACUUAAAAUAACAAAAAAAGAAAGAUGAUUUUUUUAAUAAGAAGAAGGAUGGAAAUGUGUUUUAUUAAUAAAUUUAUUGUAUAAGUAUAAAACAUGUGCCUUAGUUAUCAAUGCAUGGGCUUUUUUAGACGUUUUUAGGACAAACAAAAACAGUUUUUUCCGUAUGUUGCUCUUCAGCAUUGUUGGCGCUCUGUGGAAGAGUUAAACUCGCAGAAUUCGUAGGAAAUGGGGAGGGAAGUUAACACGAUAAGAAACUUAAGGCUUUCACAAUGUACACUUUAGCAGGGAGUUUGGCUCGAGUUUUCAGCUGAAAUUUAUUUCUUAUUGUAAAUAAGCAACGAUGCCUUCACAACAAAAACAAAAAUGUUCGCCAACGCUUGAUUUCCCGUGAUAGUAAAGGGCAGUAACUACAUUUUUUUUUUUUUUUUUUUUUUUUUUUUUGCAUUUUUGUCAUCUGUUGUACGUUAGAAUAGCUUUAUUGCACAAACUUGCUUGUUUCCGCUGAAAAAAAAUCUAAUUCCAAGAUUUCCCUAUUGUUAGUAUUGAACUCACUACACAUGUCUUCAAACUUCUUAAUUCAGGAGAUUUCUUAUUUCUUCAAAUUCGAGAACUUAUUCCUACAGAUACUGCCGUUUACCCAUACACGGCAGUAUAGCAACCCAUGGUUUCGCUUUUUUAAAGUGGACUCGCCCAAGAACGGGAGCCAACAAUCCCGAAGUGCACAACACGAAGUGUGUGAUGUUGUUUUAUUAGUAAACGAGACAUAUAUAUUUUACUUAUGGCUUUUAUUAGUAAUUUUAGAUGAAAAAAUUUUCGUCAUGUUGUGAUCGUUUGCAUCAUUUUUAUAAGUACAAUGAGGAAGUAAAUCUUAUUAGUUUUUAAGCAUCUUUAAAUCUGAUCACUAAUUCUCAAGGGCGCCUAUAUAGCGAGGAGGGUGGGGGCUCAAGCCCCCCACCCCCUUGAAAUGAGAAUUUCCUUGUUUUUAGUGCUUUUCUCUUUGCAAAAAUGUUGAAAAAAAAAAUCUUUUCCAUCCAUUAAUAAAUGAAUAAAUAAAAUGUCAAACUUUAAUAUCUCUAAUCUGUACAGAAAUCAGAAAUGGUUU